AUGAGGUUGCUUUUGGAAACUGCAGAGACGUGUGCUGAUGAUGGUGCGGCUAUCGUAGGCGAGCUCGAGAGAGUGCUAGACAAGGCCAAUGCCUAUGCUUCCAAGUUUCAACUUGCUGGUAGUGGCCGCGCGUCAACAGUGGCUGGAGCAAGAGCAAUCAUGACCUCCCUAAUGUUCUCCGAAUCCUCUUGGUCUAUGUCUCAUGGCUUCAGCUGGAAAAGAGGAAGGAUCGAGGCAGCUAGCGCGGAGGAUCGGAGGAUCUGGUGCGGAUCUUUCAAGUGCAUGAGUGGUGAUGAGCUAGCAACUAGUUUCCUUCAACUAUUGCAGAUUGCAGUUCUUAGGUUGGUGAGUAGCUCUAUCUAUCGCAACCUCCACAGGGAUGCACCGGUGAACAGAUUGCAGCUCUUUGGCGCAUAUCCCAUCAUGGCUAUUAGGGGCAGCAGGGGCGAGGAGCCAGCUAAUUUAUCUCUGGAGGCAAGUUGAUCACGUGGGGAAGAAAAGAAAGGGGGCACGCAAGUUAGCGGGGCCCAAGUGGAAAGCGACAGUUUUUUUUUU